AUGCUCUUCAUAUUAUUGAGCUUAUUUUACGGAACAUUGAGAUGCUACCCGCCGACAUUUCAUCCAAUUCAUAAAUGGGAACUUGAAGAUAAACGCACUUUAAUUCUUAACCUCAAAGAAAUAUUCUGUUCUCAACCUGGGCGCUUUGGACAAACUGAAAUGUCACAUAUUGCAACUAUUUCCGAUGGCACCAAUACCGUUGAUUUUACUAAAGCAUCUGGCAAAGUUAAACUUGCAGAUGGAAGAAUCGCUUUUGUUAGUGAUGACAAUUAUUUGCAAAUCAUUGGAAGCACUUCUAAAUCAUAUGAACUAGGUAUAACCAGCUAUGAAUCUUAA